AUGUCCGAGGAUUUGGGCCCCCAUGACCAGUCCAAUUCUCCAACGACCAGCACUGCUACACCUUCAUACGAUCCCACGAUAAAGACAGAAUCCGAAAAUGGGUCUCAAGAUAAUAAUAAUUCAAUUUAUCAGCAGUAUGAAACAAAUUAUGUUGUGAUGGACCAUCAGGAACCUACCUCAAUGUCCGCUUAUCUGUCAUCAACGUUUAGUUUACUUGAAAGUGAUCCGAACAACCCUUGGUAAGCAGUUUUUGAUAACUACCCUACCCUACCCUACCCUACCCUACCCUACCCUACUUUACUCUACCCUACCCUACCUACCCUACCCUACCCUACCCUACCCUACCCUACCCUACCCUACCCUACCCUACUACAAAAUGCUCUUGCUCUAUUCUAUCUUACUUUGUUCUACCAUGUCUUACCAUUAUUACUACUGCUGAACCCUACCGUACCUAAUAAAUACUUAAUACUGUAGCUGUUACUUAGCUUUACAGUAUGUACCGGCCAUAAAUACAGUAUUCUGUACCACUUAUAAGCAACUCUGAACUUUUUCAGUAGCUUCAGGAAUCAAGAGCAGAAAGCGGUUUACUACGAGCGCAACCAAACCUAUUAUCAGCAACCGGUUCAAGUGAACGGAUAUCCACAGUACAUGAUGGACCAUGAACCCGUCCACAACGACCCGCAUCAGGAUUACAAUUAUGAGGUAGGGUACUGAAAUUUUAAAAAAGUUAAACGUUUUCUUAAAGAUAGGUAUACUGUAAGCUAGGUAUAAGCGUAGAGGUAUAGGUAAAGCUUUUUUAGUAUUUAAAAAAAUUUCUUGACGUUUUUUGGUUUGUAAAGAAAGUUCUUGCCAUUUUUUGAUUUGUAAAGAAAAUUCUUGCUAUUUUGCGCUUUGUAAAGAAAGUUCUUGCCAUUUAAAAUAAGUUCCUCCUUUGCAUACUGUAUUCACAGUAAAUUUUUACGCUUUUGCUGUUGACUAGAACGCUUUACUGUGCUUCGUAGCCGGAAUUGUAGCAUUACAGUAGUUUUACAUUUCUGGCUACAAUUUUAAACGUAAAAUGGUAAACAAUUACAAUUACGUCAAAAGUUUACAACGUUUUUGCCUUGUGAUUUCCUUAAAGUCGAGGAAUAAUAAUAUGACGAUUACGCUUGGCAUUAUGUAGUUGUUAGAGUAGGUUAGGGUAGGGCGGGGCAGGGUAGUUUAUAAUAGGGUAGGGUAGAGAAAAACGAACAAAGUCAAGAACCUGUGAAGCAAAGUGCCCGACAUGCCCCGCUCAAGAUCAGCCUAAAAAAUUGGUUUUCUACUAGUAUGUCAAAGAAAAAUAAUCGAAAGUCAAAAAAUGACAACGUUAUAAGUUUGAAACACAAUGCCAAUUUGGCAUAAAAUUCAAAACUUAUUUUGAUCUCGAUUUUUUCAAGAUUUCCCGGAAAGCGCGAUUUAGUACUUUACUGAGGAUCUUAUAUUUACAUGAUCUUCCUGUUAAAAAAAUUUGAAGUCAAUCAGAACGGUAGUGCAUCUUGCAAAAUCAAAAAAAUUACGUUUUGAAUUCCCCGCCAAACUGGCAUUGUGUUUCAAGCUUUUAACUUUGCCAUUUUUUGAGUUUUUACUAUUUUUCUUUAAUAUACUGGUUGAAAACCGUCAAAUAAACCUACAUUUUUUAAUUUGUUAGCGUAGCUUGUCUGGAAAGUAAAAAAAAAGCUUGAAACACAAUGCCAAAUUUUUCAAAUUGGCGGGUAUUUUAAAUAUUUAAAAUUUAAAACCUAAAAAUAAAAUUUUUUAUGGGUACUAUAGAGAGUAAAAAGAAGUUAUUUAAAAAUUUUGAUGUGUUUCUGAUGGGUACUACUCUUCUUAAUAUAAACAAAAACUUUAAAAAUCAAUAUUUGCAGCCCGCCGAAAAACGUCAACGAUUUCCAUCAACAGCACGUCAAUGUCAACAAGAAUAUACGGACAAUUUUCGACGUUUCAUCAACAUUCCAUCCACAUCGACCGGUCCAAACUCAGCUCCAGCCACGAAUAACAGUGAGGAUUCUGGAGUUCAAUCUCCAGAAGGCAGUGACGAAACCGACUCGGAAGGGUCGGUUUCUGGUGGGGGCACGGUGAUGUGCCCGGCGUGCAAAAAUGUGUACAAUAGUCCGAGGUAGGUCAAGAGUUCUUUAAAUUUUUUAAUUUGCAAGAACUUUCUUGACAAAACAUAAAACGGCAAGAACUUUUUUUACAAAACGAAAAAUGGCAAGAACUUUCUUUACAAAGCAAAAAACGGCAAGAACUUUUUUUACAAAGCAAAAAAUGGCAAGAACUUUCUUUACAAAACAAAAAUGGCAAAAACUUUCUUUACAAAGCAAAAAUUUUUAAAAAUGAAUUUAAAAAUUCAAAAAAUUGUCACUCUUUUCCCCCCCUCCCCCCCCAAUAUAAAAAUCGAAGAUGCGCACGUGAAACGUUUAAAAAAUGUUUUUGCAGAUCCCUGACCGGUCACAUCGGUCGGACCGAGAAGUGUCGUGAAGCAAUUGGGCGCGAUUAUCUGGAGGAUAUAAUGAAGCGGGGUGAUUCCGUUUGUAUACCGGAUGCUGGCGCCCCGGGCGAAGGGAUUAGCCCGGUUUGCCCGCAUUGUAACCGCUUCAUUUCCCACUACAAGGUAAGGAGGGGGCUUCGCGCCGGACUGGACCGCUUUUUUUUUGGGUUUUGGACUGGACCGCUUUUUUUGGGUUUUGAGAGGUUGGACAUGUUUUUGAUGGACUGGACUAACAUUUAGAUUUUUUUCUUUUAAAAACCAAUUUGUUAUACUUGACAAUACGCUGAAGCAAAGGAAGGCAUGGGUAAGAGAUGGGCUUUAAAGCAAGGCUUGGCACGGGUGAAGACUGGGCGAGUGGUUUUUUGCACUAGGGUUAAAGGUAGGGCUAGAAAUUAAGGCAGGGUUAAGAGUUAUAGCAGAAAAAGGGAUACGAGCUUAGGCAGCGUUACGGUAGGACUAGGGAUUAAGCUAGGUAGAGUAGGGUAGAGCAGGAUUAGGGUUUAACUAUACACUAGCCCUACCUUGGUAGAGUUAGGGUCGGGCCAGAGUAGGGCCAAGGUAAAGCCAGAGUGGAGCCAGGGUGUGGCCAGAGUAUGACCGAUGUAGGGUUUGAGUAGAAUCAGGAUAUGUAUGUCUCGGGCUCAAUGGGUAGUGUAGGGUAGGGUAGGGUAGAGUAGGGUAGGUUAGGUAGGGUAGGGUAGGGUAGGGUAGGGUAUUGUAAAAGGCUUUUGUGUAUUUUUUUGGCUUUAUUUUUAGAAAGUCAGUGUUAUUUUGUUUUUGUAUCUUUUUCUUGUUGUAUAUAAAACUGUAGCUUCAGUUACAGUUUUAUUUUUUUAAGAGUUUAAGAGCGCAUCUUCCCAAUUCUUACACAUACCGUAAAUUCCUUUCAUUCUACAUUAACUUUACGAUUUAUAAUUUAUAUACUUUUUGACUUUUCAAAUUGUACUUGAAGCUAAUUUCAACAUUUCCAUCAAUCCACUUGUAGCAAUAUAAAAAACAAAGUAAUUGUAGGCUAACACUACAAAUCCCGGUCCAUCCUAUUCAAAGUACGGUAGCUUUACGAUGUAAAAACAUGCGUAAAUUGUAAAAACUUACCGAGUUGUAAGAACAGUAAAGAGUUGUAAAAAGAGUUAUUAAUUGUAAACAGCUCCACCCAUUCAUUUACUUCACCCCGCUUCGUAUGACAUUACUUUUUGUAAUGGUCAAGGUCGGAGGCAUUUUUGAUUUACGAGCCCGCCCGCUCCACUUUCCAGUUCAGCUGCAGCGCGUGCGGUUUGUGUUUGAAUGCAGGGGGUAGCAAAAGUUUUGGCUGGAUGUAAUUUCUUGCGGUUUGGUUGUAUCUACAGUUCAAAAUGACAUUUUUAAUGGUUUUUUUAGUAUUUAGGCUAGGAAAGAGGACCGGGUUUAGUGGUGCGAUGGGAGAGGGGAUUCAUUCAUGAAGGGGGGGGAGAGUAUAAAGAUUAGAAAAAAUGAUUUUGUGUGGUGUGGUAAAGGAGGAAGGUAAAAGGUGCGAUGUUUUUUUUAAAUAAAAUUUUCUCCCCCUCCCCCUUCUGUUGAUUUAAAAAAUUUCAAAAUUAGAUCGUUUAGGGAUUUUUAGCUUUGUUUUUACAAAGCGCUAGCUUUUGCUUUGUCUUUUCCUGGCUAGUCUGAUCUUAUACGGCCUUGUCCAGUCUUCCUGUCUUACUCUGUCUUGGCCGGUCUUGCUCGGCCUUUUAUAGCCCAGCCUUGUCCGGUUUUUUCCGGAAUUUCGCGGCCCUGCCUUGAUUUUGGUUACCUUGUUAUACCCAAACUCUAGCCCUACACAUAUCCUUGGUUCUCUCUCAAGCAAUUGCUCUUUACCUAUGCCAAUUUUUUCAAAAUUUUUUCUUCAACCAAAAUCAACCGGUCACUAUUGUUAGCGAGAAAAAAUUUACGUGAAGGAAUAUUUUGCAAAUUUAUUUAUAAAAAAAACCUUUUAUCGUAUGUGUUGUUGUUUUUUUUAUUUCUUCAGAGUUUUGCGUUGUAAACAAUCUUCUAAGGUUGUUUAUUAGUUUUCUUAAUUUGUGUUGUCACCUAGAGCUUUUAUAUCGAGCUUGUCACCUUAGAAUCUUAGUAGAAUGUUUGCGGCAAUAUAUUUUGUAAAUUUAACUUUUAGCUCUGAUUUUUUUUGUCCUUUUGACAUUUCUUCUACUUUGUGAGAGGGCGCUGAAAUAAGUAAACGGCUUAAAACAUCUUAAAAUUCAAAUUUUUUUAGUUAAAAAAAAUUUUUUUAAUUUUUGAAAUUUUUUGUAAUUCCACGAAAAUUAAUUAAAAUCUCCAUUCAGGGAAACAUUCGACGCCACGUGAACGCGUGCCGCAGGGCGAGCCCGCGCAAGGAAUCUAAUGCGUCCGGCGGCGACCCAACCACGAUGACCCCGUUCGGCUACAGUGGAAUGGGAUCGGCGGCGUCGUCGUUCGAUCUGGCUUCUUCCACCACCACCACCACCUCGAAUCCGAGCGCCAUGUCGUUGGAGGAGCAGUGCUCGUCCGGCGCUUCGUCGUCGAAGGGCGAGGUGAAGUUGGAGAGUAUGACAAGGCUGGAGGGUAUGGCAAGGUCUGAGGGUAUGACGAGGUCUGAGGGUAUGGUUAGGCUGGAUGGUAUGACGAGGUUGGAUAGUACAAGACUGGAGAGUAUGACCAAGCUAGAUGGUAUGAAACGUGACAGUGGUGUAGGUCAUGACGGUGUUGUAUAUACAGAGAGUUUACUAAAGCUGGAAAGUCAAGACGCAAACCUUCAUCACGAUAUUCACCAUGAAAGCUUGAUGAAACUCGACGGUAUGAGCCACGACAGCAUACAUCACCACAUGCUAACACAUGAAGAUAUGAUAAAACAAGAAGUAAUGAUGCUACCUCACCACUACAACCAUCACAUGGACAACAUGAAUCCAAUUCAACCCUACCAACCCCUUCAACAUCACAUGGGCUACAUGCAUCCGGACGAUCCUGUAGUUCAUCAAAUGCAAAUGUCUCAUCGACUACCUCACGGCUACGUGGACUACAUGCCCUACGACAAUAUGAGCAUGCCAAUGUAUCAGCCAGUUUAUAACCAACUUGAUGUCAUGCCUCAGCCUGUACCAGUACAACCAGAUCAACCAGCUCCGACCAAGUCCAGGCCUCCUAAACAUAAUGGCAUGGUAACGCCGGAUGAUCCGUACGUAUGCUCGUGGUGUACGUUCACUACGGUGUACAAGGGUAACAUGAAGCGACACUUGAUAAGCUGCCAUAAUUGUAACGACGAGUUGCUGAGGAAGUACAACUUUGAGCUGGAGAGGCUACGAAAGAGUGCAGCGUGCCGUGCCGGUCCAGACUCUCUACCAUUCAUUGAGAUUCGACCAGCUCAACCCCCAGGGACACGACGGCCACGGAACACCAACUCAGCCCACAAGAACAUGGGGCGGCCGAAGAAGGACAAGGAUGUUAAGCGAGAACUUAUGGACUCACCAAAAGUCAUGCUGGACAACAAAGCCAUGCUAGAUCAGUCAAGAAUUCUAGACAGAAAUAGCAUGCUAGACCAAAACAAGCUCAUGAUCGACCAGUCGAAGCUGAUGCUUGACAAUAAAGUGAUGAUCGACCAUCAAAUGCCAUAUGUCGAUGCAAAUGGCAUUCAGUACUCGGUAGUACCACCACCACAAACCAUGGAUUCUUAUGAGAUGUCAAUGCAGUUCAUGAAUCAACCGGCACAAGUGCUGGCUGCUCCUAAUGUCAACUAUGGACUGAUUAAGGACUGUGGUAAUGAUAGUGGCAUGGGGGUUCAAGAAGAGUUUGGGGAGGUGAACCAACCACUUCCUGGGUAUUAA